AUGAUUCAACACACUGACAUCAUGAACUGCUCCAUCCCCUACGACCUCCCCGAAGCUCCAGUAUCCGCCUUUGACAGUGUGGCACACUUCGUAGAUGUGCAGCUCGCUGCUGUCAUAGAGAUGCUCCGGGAGGAGAUGGGCCAUAUGCUUGACGCGUGCUGCAAGGUGACACCUCCUGGGCAACAUGCACGCUUGCAGUAUCUCGGAACCUCGUUGAACCGCUGUAACAUAGUAGCAGAUGGGGGUCGAGGCAUGGCAGUGAUGGAACUGAUGCCGCUGCCGCAGCGGUUUCCUGUGGAUUCGAGGUCGCCAUGGAGCAGGUUCAUGCUUCUUGCACAGUGCGGAGCUCCCGGAAAGAAGUCCAACCGACUCAAGGAUGUUGGCCUGGUCUUUUGCGAAAAAAUGAACCAGAGGGACGGACUGAUGCUGCGGGCUCCGGAGAGGGUGCUAAAGGAGCUGCAAAGUUGCAUGAUGCAAAGUGACUCCACGUGUUUCUGGAAGCUACAGGGCUUCAACCGCAUGGUUAUGGAUCCCCUGGCCGUGCUUCAGAAGCUGCGCAGUGCACCUCCCACUGAGCUGUGCCAUGCGCUGUUCUUUGGCGAGAUACCUGGAGGUUCCGAGAGCGAUGUGGAUCUCUGUCAGCGCUUGGACUGCUGGGUGGCGGCGAACCCCUGCGUGCCGAUGAUGUUCAACCGGCAGCAAUGCCGCGCACUGGCACUCGAAGCGCUCACGGCUGCAGGGCCGGUUGUGGUGCAAGGGCCUCCAGGCACCGGCAAGUCACACUUGAUAGCCCACGCGCUCCUUCCGCAGAUCAUCCAGCGCGGUGGUCGUGCAUUGGUCUUGUGCAACAGCAAUGCUGCGCUGGAUUCCAUCGCAGAGAAAGUGCUAGAUCCUGGCGAGUUCAUUUCCAACGGCGGCUACGUCUCUGCUGAAUCGAGGUGCCUCCGCGUUGGGUUCGAGAAGAGAGUCAGCAAAAAAGUGCUCCAGGCGGGCUGGUUCCGACAAGACAAUGACAUCACGGAGGUCAGCAGCGGCCGGAAGUCAGUCGUUUUCACGACGUUAUACAAUUCAAUUGCGAAAAAUUACGAUUUUGCGAAAGCCAAUUUUGACACGCUGAUCAUCGAUGAAGCAGGACAGGUCGAGGACUGGAAGUUGUUUAUUGUGCUGCAGACGAUUACAAGCCUCAAGAAAGUGAUUCUAGUAGGUGACCAUAAGCAGCUGCAGCCCUAUGUAAGCGACGGUGUGCGAGUCAAAGGGUAUGGAAGGAGUACAAUGGAGAGGCUGGUUGCCGGCAACGAUAGAGCAGGAAAUGCCGGCAUCGAUUUCAUCAUGCUGGAGGAGCAGCACCGAAUGCCCCCUUCUGUGCGCAACAUCGUCAGCAGGGUCUUUUACAACAACAAGUUAAAAGACGGGCCGAAUAUUCUGGCGAAGAGCAGGCGCGCAACCUCCGCGAAAGCAAUUGUUGCCUUCGACUUGUCGUUUGGCGGGACCAAGUUCAAACCACUUGAGCGAUCGUUGGAGAACUUGGACGAGGCGACCAUCUCCAAGCUCAUUUACGACCACCUUCUGCAGGCAUCAAGCUUUUACACAGUGCGUGACAUUUGCGUGUUGUCCCCAUACAAUCGACAUAAGAAUCGAUUGCGUACAAUGCUCGCUGGAAUUCCAGAGACGGACUGGGCGAAGUGGGAGAAUCUGAAUCCGGACGUCGUCAUGGAUUCUAGCAUGGAUGACCAAACUGCAGCAGUGCGUAACAUCGACACAGUGGACAAGUUCCAGGGCUCGGAACGAGAGGUUGUAAUCAUCAAUACCGUCAGUGGUUGCCUGGAAAACAAUGAGCGUGCUUGCGAUCCACACUUUAUCAAUGUAGCCAUGAGCCGAUGCAAGAGCUUGCUGGUGCUGGUCGGCAGGCUAACAGAACUAGGAAAUGGGGGUGGCAGCUGGCAGCGAAUCAUGACUUUCCUUCGGGAGGCCCAGGUGCAGGCGCCUCACGGGGCAAACGCAGAAGACGUGCUUAUUCGUCAGUGCGGAUCAAUGGAAGAGGCGAAAGUGGAUGUUGAAGCAUGUCUUCACUCUGUGUUUCUGCCGGGAAGCAUGACUGCCGAUGGACCUGAUGCCAAGAGAAGCAAAGUUUCAGGAAAGCACCGAUAA